ACUUCCGGCUCCUCCACUAGGCCUUCCGGUUUCAGGCCUCCCCGAAAUGGCGGCGGGGCGCGGGUGGAGGCGGCGGGCGCUGCGGCUGCUGACGGCGGGCGGCGGGGUGCUGCUGACCCGCUUCCCUUUCUGGCACUGCUUCAGCGGGCUGCUGCUGUGCGCCGAGCGGGCCGACGGGCGGCGGAAGCCUGACAUCCCGGUGCCAUACCUGUAUGUGGACAUGGGGGUGGCCGUGCUGUGUGCCAGCUUCAUGUCCUUCGGGGUGAAGCGCCGCUGGUUCGCCCUGGGGGCCGCCCUGCAGCUCGCCGUGGCCACGUACGCCUCCCACGUCGGCGGCCAGGUGCACUACGGCGACUGGCUGAAGGUGCGCAUGUACUCCCGGACCAUCGCCAUCAUCGGCGGUUUCCUCAUCCUGGCCAGCGGUGCAGGCGAGUUGUACCGGCAGAAGCCCCGCAGCCGCUCUCUGCAGUCCACAGGCCAGGUCUUCCUGGGCAUCUACCUCAUCUGCCAGGCCUACUCUCUGCAGCACAGCAAGGAGGACCGGCUGGCUUACCUGAACCACAUCCUGGGGGGGGAGCUGACCCUGCAGCUCCUCUUCGUGCUCUACGGCCUCCUGGCUUUGGCCUUCCUCUCCGGUUACUACGUGCGGGUGGCGGCGCAGGUCCUGGCCGUGCUGCUGCCUCUCGCCAUCCUCCUCAUCGAUGGCAACAUCGGUUACUGGCACGAGGCGCGGCGCGUGGAGUUCUGGAACCAGAUGAAGCUCAUCGGGCAGAACGUGGGCAUCUUCGGCGCCGUCGUCAUCCUGGCCACCGACGGCUGAGCAGGACUUGGGGACGGCGCAGAGGACGGCUUCUUUUGGCUUAUUUUAUUGGAAGGAUUGCUAUUUAUUAUUAAUUUUUUUGUUUUUUAAAUAUGUAAAUAUUUGAUAACAGGACGAGGUGG